CAGCGUCGCGGGGCCAUGGCGGCCGCCGGCGGCUACACGGACCUGCGUGAGAAGCUCAAGUCCAUGACGUCCCGGGACAACUACAAGGCGGGCAGCCGGGAGGCGGCCGCCGCCGCCGCUGCCGCCGUGGCCGCCGCCGCCGCGGCCGCGGCCGCCGCCGAGCCGUACCCGGCGCCCGGGUCGAAGCGCAAGUACCAGGAGGACGCGGAGCCCGAGGCCGAGCGCGGCGGCGGCGGCGGCGGCGGCGGCGACUACGCGGAGGAGCAGCCGCUGCAGCUGCAGCGCGACGACGAGGCGCGCAAGGUGAAGAGCGGCAUCCGCCAGCUGCGCCUCUUCGGGCCCGACGAGUGCGCGCAGAUCGAGGCGCGCAUCGACGAGGUGGUGUCGCGCGCCGAGAAGGGCCUGUACAACGAGCACACGGUGGACCGGGCCCCGCUGCGCAACAAGUACUUCUUCGGCGAGGGCUACACGUACGGCGCCCAGCUGCAGAAGCGCGGGCCGGGCCAGGAGCGCCUGUACCCGCCGGGCGACGUGGACGAGAUCCCCGCGUGGGUGCACCAGCUGGUGAUCCAGAAGCUGGUGGAGCACCGCGUCAUCCCCGACGGCUUCGUCAACAGCGCCGUCAUCAACGACUACCAGCCCGGCGGCUGCAUCGUGUCGCACGUGGACCCCAUCCACAUCUUCGAGCGCCCCAUCGUGUCCGUGUCCUUCUUCAGCGACUCGGCGCUCUGCUUCGGCUGCAAGUUCCAGUUCAAGCCCAUCCGGGUGUCGGAGCCCGUGCUCUCGCUGCCCGUGCGCCGGGGGAGCGUGACGGUGCUCAGUGGAUAUGCUGCUGAUGAAAUCACUCACUGCAUACGUCCUCAGGACAUCAAGGAACGCAGAGCGGUCAUCAUCCUCAGGAAGACAAGAUUAGAUGCACCCCGGUUGGAAACAAAGUCCCUGAGCAGCUCUGCGUUACCACCCAGCUAUCCUUCAGAUCGCCUAUCAGGAAACAAUCGGGACCCUGCUCUGAAACCCAAACGAUCCCAUCGCAAGGCAGACCCUGAUGCUGCUCACAGGCCUCGAAUUCUGGAGAUGGACAAAGAAGAGAACCGACGUUCAGUACUGCUGCCCACACAUCGGCGGAGGGGUAGCUUCAGCUCUGAGAACUACUGGCGCAAGUCUUAUGAGUCUGGUGAGGACUGCUCAGAGGCAGCUGGCAGCCCUACCCGAAAGGUGAAGAUGCGAAGGCACUGAGGCCUGUUGUACCCUCCUGGGAACUCUGGUUUUCCUCACUUAGCUGCCCCUCCUUUUGUUUUGAGGAUUUUGUUUCUAGAUUUUUUUUUUGUUUUUGUUAAUUUUAUUUUUAUCCUUAUAUAUAUUUUUUCCUUGGUUUAUUGCCUGUUAAGGCCGAAGAACAGAUUGGUUGGGACCUGGUCCUCGUAUUCUUGGUUUUUCUCCUGAAUGGAAAAGCUAUUGGCAUCUAUAGGGGACAGAAGCUCGUGCUGGAGUGGCCAGUAGAUGUGUGGGGACAGUCAUCCUCGAGUGGGCUGUGCCAGGUUGGGUUUAUUUAAAAGCAACAAAAUGUUUUAGUUAAGCAAUUUCUUGUUUUGCUUUAAAUGUAAAUCUCUUGGUGUUAUAAAGGAAGUUCAGUCUCUUA